AUGAUCAAUCAUAUAGACGAACAUAUCUCGAACAUCGUGACGCUAAUUGACCAGAUCAACUACGAUUUGCGCACUCUUACUGCCUGGAACCGCGAUCUUAGAGCCAGUUUCGUACUGGCAAAAAAUGAGCCAACUUCACCAUAUUUGUCAAAGUAAGUUUGUCUUUAAAGUGCUGCUGCAGUUCACUUGAAGCCGUAAGCGAUUGUGAGGUGGUUCCAGUUUUCUAUAGUUAAUGAAACAUAAGACUUGACAACUGGCGGAGCAGCAAACAUUAGUAACGAGAGGUCCGUAAUAUGCCACAGUUUCCAAAAAGUAAUUAAAACAAACAGCAUAAACGAAAUAUAAGGUUACAGUUUACAAAACCGGUUACAGAAUAUUUGUAUCCCUUAAUAAUGUGUCAAAAUCCUCUUAGCACAAUCAGUCACCGAUAGCCUGAUAUGAUUAUGGACCAUACUUUUAAAUAAGUCUUCAUUCAGAUGACGGCUACAAUAUUAGUUUUCUCUUUUGCCCAGAAAUCUGAAUUUUGUUUUUGCUAAAACAAGCAGUCUUACAAUUAAAGUUUAUUAGUGUGUACGCCAUGAAUAGAAUUGACUGUAUGUGCAACGUCUACAAAUAAAGCGUUUGAAUAAGCCUUAAAAGAGUUGCGUAAUUUCGUUUGCCUUUACAGCUGAUCGCGCGUAUCAAACGUGAAAGCAUAUUUCUUAUUUUAUAAGUAUCGUUUUCAAUUAAGACGAGAAGUACAUUUAAAAUUAACUCCGCAUGCAAUAGAACAUGAGACGAGUAAUUUUCAAACUGUUGUGCCAACCCAAAAUCUUAGUGAUUGCAAUCCGAUGCGUAAUCAUAUAAAGUCUCUCGUUCCAGCCUCUUUUGAUUUUGCAUAAAGACAUUCUUGGUUUUAUAGACCUCUAAUUGAUCAUCUUCUGCAUGGAAAAACUUUUGAAAGGUCUGAGUGACACCUUCCAGAAGGAAAGUUAUUACCAUGAGUACAUUCUUAUUCUCCAUCUGCGCAACGUUUUUGAAUCUCAGAUGGAUUUAUUUGUCUAAGUUUUUUAGUUUGUUAAGGCAAUGCCCUCUUAUUAUAUACAUCUAUAUAUACAUAUACCAUAGAUGCCAAAUUAAUGAGAUCACUAAUAAAGGAUGUCGGUGAUAAACCAUAAAUUGGAAACACUCAGAAAACAGCAAAUAGUAUACAGCAUAUUACGUUAAUGAAACAUUCUGUUGAGUUGAAUGAAGGGUCAAAAUAUGCGUACGGUAAACCUCUUCUAAAAUUCGUGAAAAGGUCGUUUUAUUUUUUUGAGUUCCAAGAUAUCUGCUUAUUAAGGCGCUUUUUAAAUACAAAUUAAUCGUGCAAGAUCCCCUAUUAGACUUGAUCUUACCGGAAAGUCUGGGAGAAAGGUUUACUUACGGGGUUAGGAGGUGGGCUAGUGUUAGGAGAGUUGGGGCUCGAGUUAAGUGCAGGGGGGUCAGUCCUGGGGUAAAAGUUAUGGUUAUGGUUUUGUAAUUUAGGAUUUGGGUGAAGGCUUGGGUGCUUAAGAUUGGAUUUGGGGGCAGGGUUCAGGUUAGGCCACUGUAGUAGGUUUCGCCUAGAAUCUACCACGAGACCGUUGGUAGUACCCGAGAGCCCACAUUCCGAUGUCCGACCGGCAAAAUAGCAGUUUCCGUUAGGAUAUUUCAACUCCCAGAUCCCACCCCUAUUUAAAGUAGAGUUAUAUGUGAUUUAAUUAAAUUAUGUUUCAUAUCGUCAGUUGCUUGUCAAUACAGGGUUUUUGCCUAAUAUUUUUGAAAAUUACGCGGGUGCAUUAUAUUUGGGGAAAUCCUUUUUUUAUAUCGUUUUAUUCUAUCUAAAUUGGCAUGUUAACGAUCAUUGCCGAAAUGAGGUAAAACAUUAAGUUCAAGCUUCCAUUUAACACCGAGUGUCGACCUCUAUCCAGCAUAAAUAUUCUUGCUUCUGUAGCUGCAACGUUUAAUUUUGCAGUGAGUGGUAGUCUUGAAACACUGAUGGCAGAUUUUGAUAGCUAUAAUAAUUUCUCAAUCGAUUGUCAUUUGCAGUUACGGUAGGCCAUCGUGAUUAAUUUAGGAUUGGUUUAGGUUUUUGCGAAAUUCCCUUUAAAUAGUAUGUUAGCUUGCAUGUAUUUUAUCCUAAUUUUGUUGGCUGAAAGAAAGUACAGAGCUUUCACCAUCCAAAUUUCCGAUUUGCUGGCGUUUGCUAUCUCAGUUGCACUUCCCACUCGUUUUGAACCUCAACUUUAGAGUUGCUUUUGACAAUUUACUAGAAGAAUACGUCGUCAUCACUAUUAUUUUAAAGCUUCUUUGCAAUCCUCUCAGACGCGAAAGCUUUUUAUGUCUUACAUAUCCUUAAGUCUAAUCCCAUACUGGUCCGAACAGUUGUAAUAAGUCGAGAAGUCCAGAGAAAAGGAAUUCCACUCUCAGGUCGGCCAACUACAUCAACUUGUAAACAAUCCUCAAGUAACUGUCAAAUUUUAGGUGAUUUAGACUUAAACCAUCACCACCUAUAUCUGAUAGCAAUGCAAAAAGCACAUUAAAUUAUAUCGGUGAUCUCUGCCCUAUUAAUAUGAGUAUGUCCAGUGUGACUGUGCUUACGUCCAUCGAUGUUCUGAUACAAACAAAAUGACCAUUAGCAAUUAUUAUCAUUUUUAGCAACAGUGACAUUUAUUGCCUGAGGUCCUGCUUGAUUUGAACUUUCAAAUAUAUAAGCGUUGACUAAAAUGAUAGCGUGCUUUAAAAAUAACAUGCAAGCCAAAUUAAAUGUCAUUAAAUAUAAUUAAAUUUCCUCCAAAAUGAUCUUCGCAUGUCAACUGAACUUUGUAUCAAUUACUCGACUUGAAUUCCAGCACUUAAUUUUAUUGUCGCGCCUAUCGUUUUAUUUGCGGACGAUAAUUAUUUAUGGUGGCCAUUGUAUCUAAAACAUCCGUGUCUGAGGGACUCUCACAAGUAACAACUGAAAAAACGAAUAGAUAAUACCUCGUCAUAUGUUUGUUACAAUUAGCUGGGUUUUAGCUCAAUGAUGUCUCAUGAUACGCAUCCAAAAAUAUUGCUUGAUUAAAGUUUGAGCCUUCUUUUGUCGUUAAACGGCUCUUAAUUUUGAAUCAAGCAACAUAUUCUAGAGAGGUGAAAAACAAAUAAGUGCUCUCUGGGAACUUUUCAAGUGGACUCGGGAUAUACUAUAAUCAUGUCGUUUAGUUCAUGGAAAAUGGUAGUUUAUGGCGUUUUUCCUAUUUCAGGUUAGUUACGGCAACAUUUAAUUUUGUUUCGCAGAGGAGAUUCCGUCUAAAUCAACGGAAGGCCGAUCCCAUAAUGUAUGAUGGAGGCAAGUGA